UUAUUGUAGAAGAAGCUGCUGAAGUCUUAGAAUCACAUGUAGUUGCAUCUCUAACGAAAUUUUGCCAACAUGUAAUUUUAAUUGGUGAUCAUAAACAAUUACGUCCAAGAACUGCAUCUUUUAGGCUUUCAAAACUCUUUAAUCUUGAUGUUUCAUUAUUUGAACGUAUGGUGAAAAAUGGUUUUCCAUGUUACACCUUAGAUACACAACAUCGAAUGCGUCCUGAAAUAUCUGCUUUAAUAAAACCUAUUUAUCCAUUCUUAAGGGAUCAUGAAAUAGUUAAGGAUAGAAGUGAUAUACGUGGAGUAACUAAGAAUAUAUAUUUUAUUCACCAUAAUAUACACGAAGAAAAAGUGAUUGGUUCUAAUAGUUACAAAAAUAGUCAUGAAGUAAAUUUUUUUAUGAAGUUCGCCAGAUAUCUUUUUAGUCAAGGUUAUCAUCAACAUCAAAUUACUUUACUAGUUACUUAUCGUGAAGAGUUAUUAGAAUUACAAAAAAUCCGUGAAUCAAGUUCAGUUUUAGAAGAUUUUCGGAUUGAAUGUGUAGAUGGUUUUCAAGGUGAAGAAAAUGAUAUUAUCUUGUUGUCUUUAGUACGCAGCAACAUUGAUAAUAAUAUUGGAUUUUUAAAUAUUCAGAAUCGCAUUUGUGUUGCUCUAUCUAGAGCUAGAAAUGGAUUAUAUGUUAUGGGAAACAUGGAUAAUCUUAUACAUUCUUCUAUAUGGAAAGAAAUCAGUUUAAUAUUAAUUAAUCAACAAUCUCUUGGCAACAAAUUAGGUUUACGUUGUGAAAUUCAUAAGGAUUGGACCAUAAAUGUAUCUAGUAGUAGAGAUUUUGAUAAAGUUCAAUGUUUAAAAGUAUGUAACAUGAUAAUGGAUUGUGGUCAUCAUUGUUCACAGUUAUGUCAUUAUUAUGACCAAUCACACAAAACCUUGUAUCGAUGUAAAAAAGAGUAUUCAAGAACCUUAUCUUGUGGUUUUAAACUCAAAAUAGAAUGUUGGAUGAGAUUUUUGACUUAUGAAUGUCCUCUUUAUAAAAGUAUUGCAAGUUAAUUUUUAUGUAAAUGGUGCUUCAUUAUUUUGCUCAUCUAAAACGAAUGAAUCAGAAAAUUGUGGUGGUUUAAAUG